UUUCUAACUUCUCUGUGCCUGAGUCUCCUUAUCUGUAAAGUGGGGCUGAUAAUAGCAGCCACCAUUGUCCAUGCAAAACGCUCAGAAGAGGCCCGAGUACAUGCCGAGAAAAUAAAUGUUUGAUUUUAUUACUGAGCUCCCACCAUGUGUCAGGCCCUCUGCCAGGGCCUUUUCAGAUUUUGUCUCAUUUCUCUAAAAUGGAGGGAACACCACCCCCAUUUUCCAGAGGAAGAAACUGAGGCUCAGAGAGGCUGAGUCUCUUGCCCGGGUUGUCCCCUGAGUCUGCCAGACCCUGAAGCCUGUGCUUAGCUGGCUGCUAUAUCCAGCUGUCCAGGGAACCUUAAAGGUCACUUCCAACUCUGGGAAAUAGUCUAGGCUGUCCUAGUGGCUCCUGGGGUAGAGGAUCUCCUCCUAUAUCCUGGAGUAUUUAUUGAGUGCCUAUUUUAUGCGGGCACUGUGGAUACAGCAGUGGACAAGCAGACCCUGGGACAUUCACUCUGUGUGUGUGUGUGUGUGUGUGUAGGCUCUUCACAUACACAGACGUAACCCAGCCCUCAGGGGGGAGGUCACUCUACCCACCCCCAUUUUACUGGUGGGGAAACUGAGGCUCCAAAAAGAGAAGCAACUUGCCCACAGUCGUGCAGCUGGGCUCCAAGCUCCUAAUGGCUCCCCCACUGCCCACCCUGCCUGGAUAACCCUAUUCCCCCUCAACUGGGGCCCCUGGCCUUGGGCUCCCAUGACACCAGCUUUGUGAAUCAGGGAAGGGGAGUGGAGAGAUAUCGGGCCCCCAGGCAGGCUAGCCGACCGGAGAUGCAGCAGGCAGAAUCGAUCCAGCCUGCCUGCGCUUCAGGUUAUCGGAUUGUUCCUGGCUCUCCUGGGCCCCCGCUUCACCCUAAGCUCCUCCCAGAAUCCUCUCUUCUUGGCCCUCCCCUGCCUCUGUCUCGCUCAGAACUGAGCCUGAGAGGCAGGGGAAGAGAAGAGGAAAGAGUGAUUGUUCAUUCUUUUUAUCAGGCUCCUGAGCCAAUUGGACACAAAGGAUUAGACAGCAGGGGGCACUUCCUGGCCUGAAAGAUGGUGCCCACAUCUCCAGGGUGGAGGUUUACCUCUGUGACCAGCCGGAGGAGGGGAGCCUGGGGACACUGCUCAGCUUAGAGGAGCAAAUACUCAACUCCACGUUCGAAGCCUGUGACCCCCAAAGGACAGGCUUUGUGGCUGUGACCCAUGUACUAGCCUACCUGGAGGCAAUGACAGGACGGGGCCCCCAGGAUGCACGCCUCCAAACAUUGGCCUGCAAGCUGGACCCCAAUGGAGAGGGUCCUCAGGCCACCGUGGACUUGGACACCUUCCUGGUCGUCAUGCGGGACUGGAUCGCUGCCUGUCAGCUGGAUGGAGGAUUAGAGCUGGAAGAGGAGACCGCCUUCGAGGGGACCCUGACCUCCCAGCAACUGCCAUCUGGAUGCCAAGAGGAGCCAGCCAACCUGGAGAGCUUUGGAGGCGAAGACCCCAGACCUGAGCUGCCCACCACAGCUGACUUGCUGAGCAGCCUGGAGGACCUGGAGCUCAGUAACCGCAGGCUGGUUGGGGAGAAUGCCAAGCUGCAGCGCAGCGUGGAGACUGCCGAGGAGGGGUCCGCACGUCUCGGGGAGGAGAUCUCGGCCCUGCGCAAGCAGCUUCGCAGUACCCAGCAGGCCCUGCAGUUUGCCAAGGCUGUGGAUGAGGAGCUGGAGGACCUGAAGAGCCUGGCCAAGAGCCUGGAGGAACAGAAUCGCAACCUUCUGGCCCAGGCCCGGCAGACAGAAAAGGAGCAGCAGCACCUGGUGGCUGAGAUGAAGAUUCUGCAGGAGGAGAAUGGGAAGUUACUGGCUGAGCGGGAUGGAGUGAAGAGGAGGACUGAGGAGCUGGCCACAGAGAAGGAUGCUUUGAAGCUGCAACUCUAUGAGUGUGAACGCCUCAUUUGCCAACGUGACGCCGACCUCUCUGAGCGCACUUGCCACGUGGAGAGUCUGGUCAAGACCUUGGAAGAGUACAGAACAACAAUCCAGGAACUGAGGCUGGAAAUCUCACACCUGGAGGAGCAGCUGAGUCAGACCCAUGAGGGGCCAGAUGAGAUACCGGAAGGGGCUCAGGCAAGAAGAGUGGGCAGGACCAAGCUGCUGCCCCCAUCACUGGGCGUGGAGAUACAGGCCAUUCGGCAGAAACAACUUGUCUCCCAGAAACAAGAAGUGGCAGCUGCCGAUCUCUCCAGCCCUCUGUGUGGGGUGUGGCAGUGGGAGGAGGGCAUCAAUGAGAGCAAGGAGGAAGCUGAGUUUCUACCUGAAGCCCCACCUGAGGAACAGAGAAACUUCCAGGGAGAGCUAGAGCAUCCUCACGAAGGCAGAAAGGAGCAAUCGAUUUGGCUGCCCAGAAGAGAGGAGGCGGAAGCGGAGACCCAGGUCACGGCUGAAUUCCCCAUCCCUCUGGGAGACCUUUCCCCUGGAGACAUCGCAGGAAGUCCUCUGGAGAGCAGCCCUGCCAAGCUGGACCUGCAGCAAGCCCUGGUGCCUGUGGAGAAGGAGCUGGUCCCAGUCAGGAGGCCCAUGUGGGGCCAGCUCUGCCUAUGCCCGCUGCAACCCCAGCACCUCAGGGUCACUUGGCACCCGCUGAUCCCGGUGCCUGUCCUGGGCCUGCUGCUGCUGCUGCUGCUCUCCAUCCUGCUGAUGGGCCAGUCCCUGCCCCCCACCUGGCCCCACCUCCAGCUCUGCUACCUCCAGCCCCCGCCAGUGUGAGCCAUGCUGCCCACCUCUCAGAGCAAUGUCUAGUUCAUUGAAUUCCCCGGAGCUCUUUUUACUGUUAUUCCUAUUGUGCCAUUGCUACUUGGGAUUAGCCUAGUAUAGGGAUCCCAGAUACUGUACUCCAGUCCACACCCUUGUAUGGGGUCUUCAUGGUGACCACUAUGUUUCUUAUUUAUGUUUUAUUUAUUAUUUUUUUAAAUUUAUUUUUCUUACCACUAUGUUUCUUAACAGUAGAAAAACACACCCAGUAAUGGACUAAGCACUAGGGGUUUAUUUUCCUCACAAAACAAGCCUGGAGGAGAACAGCUCAGUUUCCACAACUGCAGUGCCAGCAUACUGUGAUUCCCUGUGAUUCUCUUGGCCCUUCCCUCAUGCUUAAGGGAUGGCAAGCAUUGUAGCUUCAUAUGUCAUAUCUGCAGGGAGAAGGGGACGUGUCCCUUCUUUUUUAUUUAAAAAAAAAAAUCAGUAGCCUUCCCAGAGCCAGCAGCAGACCUGUGUGUAUGUCUCAUUGGCCGGACUAUUUGGCAUAACCAUUCCUAGCUGCAAGGGAGGCUGGGAGACUGAGCACCUCUCCUGGCAGAAAAAGGGAGAAAGAGAUGUGGGCCAGGCACACACCACAGAUGUCCACUGCCGUGCAAACAGCCAGCAAGAAGGGGACCAAAGUGCCAUUUGUUCACUCAGUAAACACUGAGUGACCAUCUAUGUACCACUGCAAGACCUUAGAAGAAAAAGCUGUAGAGAAACAGGCCCUCUGAUGCCAGGUGUUGAUUUCCUCCCGAGGAUGACGCGAGCUUUGGGAGGUUUUGUUGCUUGUUUUUGGUUAUUUAUGUUUUAAUUGAGGUGUAACUUACAUAUAGAUAAAUGGACAAAUCUCAAGUAUCAGCUGGAGGAAUUUUUACAUAUGUAAACACUCAUGAAACCCAAACCCAGGUCAAGAUAUACAACAGUUUCAACACCACAAGAGCUUCCUUGGGAGAGUUUGAAUAAGGGAGGGACAGAGUCACACUUAUUUAAGGACAGACAGUGAUAGAGGCAGCUGCAGGCUCUGUGGGAGCCCAGGAAGAGCACCUAACGCAGCCUGGAAGGCUAGAGAUUUAUUCCCAGAUUAGUGACAUCUGUGUUUAGUCUUGAAAGAUGGGUAAAGUUGGUUACAGUGAGCAGGGACUGAGGAGGGUGUCACAGGCAGAGGAAGACCAGGUGGUGGCAAAGAGACUCUGUGUGGAAAGCCAUAGGCAGCACCAUGUUGCUGGGAUUCAAAAAAAAAAAAAAGUUUUGGAGCCAGGGGAAGGAUUUGAGGCUACAGAGUGGUGAAAUAUAAGGUAGAGGUGGGCAAGAGUCCAUGAAGGGUUUUGAACAGCUUAAACUUUACUCCUAAGUGCCCAAGAGAGGGCUGUGAGCAGAGAAGGGACAGAAUCAACUCUGGGUGGGAAAGAGACCUCUGAGUCUGUGUAGGAGUGAGGCUGAAGGCAGGAGGUUGGGAGAAGGCUGGGGCUUUGGUCCAGGUGGGAGAGGAUGAGGUCUGACCUGGGCCCGGCGUGUGGGUGGGAAGAAGGGAAGGGUGGAGCGAGGCACAGCAGGAGCCAUGGAGCCCAGGACUGGCCGGCUGUGAAGGCGGAUGAACAGGGAAGUGGCAAGGACAGCACCUGGUUCUGACCCAGGGACUGGUAGAGGGGAGCCAUUCCCAAGAUUGGGAACCCACGAAGAGUGGGUUUGGGGGAACAUUCUAAGCUCAUUUGGGAUGGGAUGAAAGAGCUCUAAGAGGUGGCUGGAGCCCUGAGCUCUGGGCCUGGGAAUAGGGGUCUGCGUGUUUCUAGCUGUGAACGGUCAUCAAAGCUAUCAGGAUUGCUGAACUUUCCUGGGGAGAGGGAGGAAAGGGAUUCCAGGCAACUUUUUGUGAAAAGCCUCAAACACUACGCAGAGAUCUAUGGAGGAAGUAGAGUAUGAGAAGAGUACAGGCCAAGAUCCAGCUACCAGGCCCUCAGGCAAACAGGAUUAGGUUCUUCACAGUGUUUAGAAGAGUGCCUGGCAUAUAAUAACUGCUCAUAACAUUCUAAUCCCAUUUCUCCAUAAGAGUAGUGGAAAGAUCUAGACUUAGAAGUUGCACUGAUUUGGGUUCCAGUUAUCCUUCUGACCUUUAUUAGCGCUGGCAACUUGGGGAAAUUACUCCUGACUUUCAGCGUCUUGUUUCUUUAUUUGUAAAAUUUGGCCAACUCUGAAUGGCUUUGAGGAAUACAGUUGUUUAUUAUUCAGUAUUUCAAUAACCGAGAAACAAGCUUACCUCACGGCCUAAGGGCCAAUUAAGGUGCGGUCCGCCUCCCAGAAAUGCAAAUUGUUAGAGAGCUUGCCAAUCACCAAGCGCCAGUCCCGCACUCUCCCCACUCGCGGCCGUGCCCAGUUCUACCCUCUUCUCUAGAACCAACCAGAGCGUGGUCCGCACGAGCUGCGCCCCGGGGAGCGGUUCAGAGCCAUUGGCGUCUCACUGGAGUGAGUUGCCAUAGUCACCAUUGAGGGGCGGAGCUGAAGGGCUAGCCGAGCCUCCAGAGAGAGGGAGGCAGAUUCUGAUUGGCUGCUUCCUCGCUUCACGUGUAUCCCCGGUAUCCCCCCGCCCUCGCCCCAAGCCAUCCAGAGUCUGACUCCUGGUCCGCUUUCUCUUCUGUUCCCGCCCCACUUUGCUACCCCAAUGGUCUCCCCGGAAAGGCGCAGUUAGAAAACUCUGAAGAAGCUGCUGCAGGCUGCUGCGAGAGGAGGGGGAAACCCUUUUCUAAUAAAAGCGUUUUGCUUGGUGCGGGGCGUUGUGCUGAA